AUGAGCGGGGUCCAGAUCGGGGCCGGCACCCAGUCGGUGAGGGCAACCUCGAGAGGAGCGACACUUAUAGGGACCACCAAUUAAAGCUGCAAUGAUCUGAUUGAGCCACGGAAGGCAGCAGCUGCGUCCCCGCAGACACUCAAACCAGAACCGAUGUUAUUCCAAAUUUGUGGAUGGAUUAUAUUGACUUUUUAACAUCUCGCUGAAACACGUGGACCGCUUCGAUUCAGAUAUUCAAGUGGGGAAUUAAAACAAGUUCUAUACUGAAGAGAGGUGAUGGUGGAGGGAGAAGGAUGAUGAUCGUGGUUAUUGCGGGGUGGACUGCUUGAGGGAAACAAUGGCCAACGGAGGCGACCAGUUCGGCCUCGCUGAGCGUCCAGACUCAAACUGCACGGAUUCUCCCAAGGAGAAUAAACAAGCCAGUCUCAGCAGUUACACUUUAAAAUCGCCUGCUUCACCACAAACAAAUUCCAGUCAACUGGGCAUGGAAGGAAUAAAAGUGUUCCUUCAUGACAGAGAGCUUUGGACGAGAUUUGAUGAAGUAGGAACUGAAAUGAUCAUCACCAAGGCUGGAAGAAGGAUGUUCCCCAGUUAUAAAGUGAAGGUGACGGGACUCAACCCAAAAACCAAAUACAUUCUCCUCAUGGACAUUGUGCCCGGCGAUGACCAUCGAUAUAAGUUUGCAGACAACAAAUGGUCAGUAACUGGUAAGGCAGAACCAGCGAUGCCAGGCAGACUCUACGUCCACCCGGACUCUCCUGCCACGGGGGCCCACUGGAGCCGCCAGCUGGUGUCCUUCCAGAAACUCAAACUCACCAACAACCACCUGGACCCAUUUGGACAUAUAAUACUCAACUCCAUGCACAAAUACCAGCCUCGCAUCCAUAUUGUCAAGGCGGACGAGAACAACGGCUUCGGCUCGAAGAACACGGCUUUCUGCACUCAUGUCUUCUCUGAGACCGCCUUCAUCGCUGUAACCUCCUACCAGAACCAUAAGAUUACUCAGUUAAAGAUAGAGAACAAUCCUUUUGCAAAGGGCUUCAGAGGCAGUGACGACAACGAGCUGCACCGCAUGGCCAAACUGCAGGGGAAGGACUACCCGGUAGUCCCUCGCAGCACGGGCCGCCAGAGAGCGUGCUCGGCCGGGAGUCCCUUUGGCGGGGAGGUGCGGGUUCUGAGGGGCUCGCCCGAAGCGGCCACAUCACCCUACAGCUGUGAGAACGGCCUGAGCUGCAGUAGCAGCCCGCAGACGCUGCUGGGGGCUCCAUCCACUCACUACACUUUGUCUCAUCCUCAGCACAUCCAACAGGCUCAACUUUACCAUUGCACCAAGAGGAAAGUGGAGGAGAACUGCUCCACAGAAAACUGCCAGCAUCCGUUCAAGAGAGCCUUCCCCGCUAGCUCACGGAGCCCGGGCGACUCCUACUACCACGCCUCCCCCUUUGCGCCUCCACCGGCGCCCGCCUUGUCUACUACCCCUGGCCCGGCUCUCACCGACGCCCCCUACAGCUCCGACAUGGGUCAGCGGCAGGCGUGCAUGUUCGCCGGCUCGGAGAGCAGACUCGAUGACCGCGGCUGCGCAUCCUGGUCGUACCCUUGCCCUCUGCCCUCCGCCUUGGAGCCCUACCCGCCAUAUAACCCGCACCCCCCCUACAGCUCCAGCCCGCAGGGCUCACGGCUCAGCGGCGUAGCCCAGCACGGCUCGCCACCGCUGGGAGAGGCCGUCACCCACGACCCAUACAGGAGGCAAAGCUCGGAAAACAGUGCAAGCAGGCAUCACAGCCCCCCUCUCCACAGAGAGUAUCCUCGCUUUACCCCUAACCUGUCCCCCCCACUCUACCAUACGUUGGAGACGCACACACACAUCAGGUGCGGCGUCCCCGAAUGGACCACCGCCUCCUAGAAAACAUCAUUCUUUGUGAUUCUCUCAAUAGAUGAUAUCACCGCUGUGUCAUUUUGUGCUGUGCAAAUUGGUCACGUUUCCCUCCCCUGUGCUGCUGGGAACACCGCGUCGUUAAAAACCAGGCUCGGACGCGGCCACGUUCUACUAAAGUCCAGACGUUGAACAAAAGCCCAACAUCAAAGUUGUGUUUUAUUGUCUUUCCGUAACCCAAUGACUGAUGUCAACCAAAUGUUUGCACUGUGAGCCCCGUUUAAAACCAAAGCCUGAACAGAACAGGCUGCUUUUUCUCCUCCGCUUUCCGUCACCGUGAAAGAUGUAAAUUGUGACCUGUCGUCAGACAUUUAUGGACCAAAAUAAUCUCACGGCAGAAGCCUGAGGGGGACCCUAUUCUUUUAUUUUAUUUUUAAAUCUCUUGAGUGGAGCAAAGCACAGCUCCACGCACAGCCCUCAUGACAGUGCCGGUGUGUGUGUGUGAAAGCUGUGUCAGCUCAGCUCAAGAACGCUAUGAGCUCAUUUGCAACGAGACAGGCCGUAGUAGCUGCAGGCGUUGCACCACGCAGAUAAACAGUUUGUUUAGAUGGCGCUACGGGGCUGAGGGACCUGUAAACACUCUUUCCACCGCAUUCUGGGUGAAGCAUUUCGCAUCUGUCUCCAUUGUCCUCUCUGUCACCCCCAGCUGACCGAUCAUCUCCAGGACCAAAAAAGACGCUCGGGCCCCACCCUUCUCCUAAGAUGACCACUCUGUGAGAAAAUUUGUUUUGUUUUGUUUUGAAUGGAGGCGAGUUGGUUACUUGUUUUGAUAGUCUCAUGACUUGUGAGGGUUGUAAACAGUGCUGUAAAUGUGAUAUUUGAUCCACUCAGGUUAAUAUACGUUUAGUAAUAAACAGUCGGUUAUUUGCCUAUCCAAUUGGUCCUUGUUAGUCCCACAUUUACUGUAGUUUUAGAGGGAACCCAUUUCCUUGCACAUCUGGAUAGCGUUACUUCCUCCCUGUGACCACUGUAAAACGACAAUUGUGGCUCUGUGCAAAAUUGAAGCUGAAGUUGAGAUUUUCUUUUUUUUUUUUUUUGUAGCAGUUUUGUUACAUUUCCACCCGGGUUUUAUAUGCAGUAACAUGAGAAGGUGCUGAGUCUGCACCCUUAAUGUGUGUACGUGUACGAGAUGGUAUGAAAGCUGAAAAGUGUUUUUGUGUUUUCUAGUAUUUAUUACUCUUGGUUCGAUGUCAUUCUUGUGAAACAAGAUUGUGUUGUGCAGAGAUUUUUUUUCCGAAGUUGGCUUCACCUUCUAUUUCCACGUGGUGAAAAAUAGUUGUGCUAUAUGGGGUGGGGGUUAAUUGGAAUCAAAUUUAUAUACAGAAUUGAAUAAAGUUUUGGAGAAUUUUGGUA